GAAGGAGUUUCUGUUUCUGCCUCCGUGCUGUAGGAAGCUUGCAUCUGUUGAGGGCAGCGAGUCGAGAGCGAGAAGCAUCUGAGGAGGAGCAGAUAAAGAAAACUAAAAGCCAUGGCCGUGAAUAAAUGCAUCAAGUACCUUCUCUUCUUCUUCAACCUACUUUUCUGGAUUAGUGGUUGUAUCAUCCUCGGCGUCUCCAUCUACGUGAAAGUCAGCAAGAAUGGAAACCAGAUCACAGAGGAAUCUCUUCCCGGCGUCGACCUGAUGAUCGCCAUCGGAGUGAUCAUCAUGGUGCUCGGCUUCCUGGGCUGCUGCGGAGCCAUCAGAGAGAACCGCUGCAUGCUGCUGAUGUUCUUCAUCAGCCUCCUCGUCAUCUUCAUCCUCCUGUUGGCAGCGGGCAUCGUGGGAGCUGUGGAAGAGAAGAAGGUGAAGGAAUGGGUGAAGGAGCGUCUGACCAAGUUCACGCCGCUGUCGUCACAACCGCAAUCUGUGAAGGAUGACCUGGAGGCAGUACAGCGGGAGCUGAAGUGCUGUGGUCUUGUGAACGGACCAGGAGACUGGACCAAGGUUCCUGACUCCUGCCGCUGCAAUGCCACCGAUACAGACUGCAAUUCUUCCAAAGUCUACUCAACGCCCUGCUCCACCAAAAUCAUCGAACUGGUGGAGCAAAACCUGACGGUGGUGCUGGGAAUCGCCUUUGCCAUCGCCAUCCUGCUGAUUUUUGGCAUGGUCUUCGCCAUGAUUCUCUACUGUCAGAUUGGCAGGAAAGAUGGCGCCACUGGCACCACCACCAAUGCCUGAACACCCACAUGUGGCCACGCCCCCGUCACUCCCUGGAAACAGCCAAUCAGCGGUGCUCAAAUGACCCACUAUCAUGCACCAUGUAAUCCUCAGAUGUUCUGUAACUUAAUCUGUGCUUUUACUGUGAAGGAACACACUGAUAUUUUGGUUGAAUUCAGAAGUAAAACUGAAAAGAAGUAGAUUUCCUAAAAUAUCAGAGGGUUCCUUUAACUUUACAGAAAACUUGUGGUAGCUAAAAUCAACAUUUUACUAAAUACUCAUGUCAAAACCAAGCUAGUCUAUAUUUCUGUUCACACUGUGGCCUCAAGGAACAAAAUUUAGGAAAAUAAUUGUCAAAAACACUGUUUAAAUCACCUUUGUGUUGUAUGGAAGCCCAUUACUGCCAAAAGAUUAGUCAAUAUGAGUUUAGGUAUGAUUAAAAAUAUAAAAUUAAGUAAUAAGUUACUCAUAUGAAUGAUUUAUACAUAGUAAUUGUGAGACAUUUUUUACUUAAGUAAUCUUUUUAGCUACUGUAUGUUAACUGUUCUAGUGUUACAUGAAGUCCAUUAUUAUAAUGAAAUACUGAAUAUAGUUUUUAGAGUUGUUAUUUCUGCAGUGCCUUAUUUGUUUUUGGCAGGAAUGGGCUUCCACAGUUUAUGUCCAGACAUAUACUGCUAUAACUGUCUGUUGCUAUUUUUGGAAAAUAUUACAAAAUAAUACUCAGGAAGUUAAAGUUGUGGCGUGUGCUAGUGUUGUUCUAAUAUAAACCUUUUAAGAAAUACAAGAUAUAAUAACAAUAUUAACAUUAUCAAACAAUAAGCUUUGGAUUUGGCACUGCUGAAUAGAUUUAAUAUAAACCACAUUGUUAUAUACUCAUUAACUUUUUGGUUGUUUUUAUUUUAAAAGUGGUUCAAUCUUGUGGAGCAAAAAUUGAUCUAUUUCUUGUUUCUGAAUCUUUUUUUGUAUCGGCACUGGUUGAAAACUGUAAUGAUGUUGUUAUUUUUUGUAUAUUUUUAUCACCUAACUGAGUUUGGGACAUGAAGUGUCAUAUUAUAUAAGUUCUUUAAGCAAGCUUUUAUUUUGUAGUCCACUCCCAUUAGGGAAAUAAAAACUAGAUUAGAAGAAUAGAUUCAUAAUUAUAAGUCAAUUCUGAAACACUAUAUUAUAAUUAAGGCAUAAUUAUGUGAUGCUUGAGAAUUUGUAUUUUCUUACAAGAAGGGGCUGCCAUAUUCUCAAAAAAAGUAACUUAAAUAAAUGAAAAACAGAUAAAUUUACCUUCUUUAGACCCCCUCGCCACUCCAGGACCCCUGAUUUUCCACCGACCACACUUUGAGCAUCACUGAUCUGCAUGCUGUGAUGAAAUAUAACAGAGGAUGUCGUUUGUUCGCUAUCUUGACAUACUGAACCCGAUGUGUUCCCGUGUGAGCGUCUGCAGCCUGUUGUUUAAAGUGGUUUUAUCACCGUUCCAGCUGUCCAAAUACAAUAAAUGAUGAAGGGAA